AUGCCUGCUUAUAACAUCGUUGUCUUCGCCGGUGACCACUGCGGCCCUGAGGUCAUUGCCGAAGCUGUCAAGACGCUCCGCGUUAUCGAGAAGCAUCGCGAUGUUUCCUUCAACCUGCAGGACCACCUCCUCGGCGGCGCUUCCAUUGACGCCACCGGCUCUCCCCUGACUGACGAGGCCCUGACUGCUGCAAAGAAUGCCGAUGCCGUCCUCCUGGGAGCUAUCGGCGGACCUAAAUGGGGAACCGGCGCCGUCCGCCCCGAACAAGGCCUCCUCAAGCUGCGCAAAGAAAUGGGUGCCUUUGGCAAUCUGCGUCCCUGCAACUUCGCCGCUCCCUCGCUCGUCGAACACUCCCCUCUGAAGGCUGACGUCUGCCGCGGCGUCGACUUCAACAUCAUCCGUGAGUUGACCGGCGGAAUCUACUUUGGCGAGCGCAAGGAAGAUGACGGCUCUGGCUUCGCGCUGGACACGGAGCCAUACUCCCGCGCCGAGAUCGAGCGCAUCACCCGGCUGGGCGCCAACCUUGCGCUCCAGCACAACCCGCCUCUCCCCGUGUGGAGUCUGGACAAGGCCAACGUGCUUGCGACCAGUCGUCUGUGGCGCAAGGUGGUCACCGAGGUCAUGGCGAAUGAGUUCCCGCAGGUGCAGAUUAACCACCAGCUGAUUGACUCUGCGGCAAUGAUUAUGGUGAAGAACCCUCGUCAGCUGAAUGGUAUCGUCAUUACUAGCAAUCUGUUCGGUGAUAUCAUUAGCGACGAGGCGAGUGUGAUUCCUGGCUCGCUGGGCCUGCUGCCUAGUGCUAGUGUGACUGGCGUGCCAGAUGGUAAGAGCAAGGUGAACGGUAUCUAUGAGCCUAUUCACGGAUCUGCUCCUGAUAUCGCUGGCAAGGGCAUUGUCAACCCUGUCGCCGCUAUCCUUUCUGUGGCCCUGAUGUUCCAGUACUCUUUCAACUUGUUAGACGAGGCCAAGCUCAUCGAGAAGGCCGUCAGCAACGUUAUCGAGGCUGGUAUCCGCACCGGUGACAUUUCCGGCACUGCUACCACUGCGGAAGUUGGUGAUGCCGUUGCCGCUGAGCUGGAGAAGCUGCUCAAGUAA